AUGAGGCACAUGUGGCCAAUAACAUCACUAUCAAUCAACGUAUCAGACAACAUUCUCUACUCAGCUUCCGUCAAUAAAACCGUGAAAGUUUGGAGAAUAUCGGACCUCAAAUGCAUCGAGAACAUCCUGACACAUUCCGAACCCAUCAACUCGAUUGUCGUGGCCGACCACGGAAUACUCUACACCGCCUCCGACGAUGCCACCGUCAGGGUAUGGCAACGCAACUUCUGCCGAGGAGAAUGGCCUCAUUCGCUCAUGGUGACCUUACCGGCCAAAUGCUCACCCGUCAAAACCGUAACACUAACCGCGGACGGCGGAGUCUUGUAUGGAGGCUGCACCGACGGAUACAUACAUUUCUGGUUGAAAGGUUGGUUAUCAGGCCAACUACAAUACGGAGGUGCACUCCAAGGUCACACACAAGCAGUCAUGUGUCUAGCCAGUGUGUCCAACUAUGUGAUCAGUGGCUCGUCCGACUCGUCUAGCAGGGUCUGGACCAGGGAACAUGAUGGUCAACACGUAUGUCUAGCCGUUUUGGUGGGGCAUAGGGGACCCAUCAGAUGUGUGGCUGCAUUUUUGAGACAUUCGGGGGACGAGGUUGAAGAUGGUUGCACCAUCUGCAGUGGGAGCCUUGAUGGAGUUUUGAAGAUGUGGCGCGUUAAUCGUACGAAGAGUGCCAGUGGAGGCUUUUUAAAAAAUUAUUAUUUCGAGUUAGAUGAGGGAGUUUAA